AUGAAUGUCCUCCCCCAUGCUCUGUCCUGCCACCUUCAGCUCAACUCUCCAUCCUCCCUGGAGCAGGUCUCCAGCAGAUCCAAGAGAGACUCCUGUCUGUGCUGGUGUCUCCUGAGCCUCCUCCUUCUCCUGCCGGUGAAGCUGAGCUCAGUGUGUGUGUCUCUAUAUGUGUGUAUCACAGCCUAUUCUCAACUGCUUCCUUAUCUUUUGCCUUGGUUCCUGACCAUCACCACAGGGCAGUUUUCUGUGGUUGGCCCUCAUCGCCCCAUCCUGGCCAAGUGGGGCGAAGAUGCUGAGCUCCCCUGCCAACUCUACCCCAAGACGAACGCUGAGCACAUGGAGAUCAGGUGGUACCGAUCCAACGACUCCAGGCUGGUGCACCUGUAUCCGGAGGGGAAGGAUCAGGAGUCUGAACAGAUGCCUGAAUUCCAGGGGAGAACGACGCUGAUUAGGGACGCCAUCGCAGAGGGGCGAGUGGCCCUGAGGAUACACAGAGUGAGGGUUUCCGACCAGGGGAGCUACACUUGUCGAUUCCAAUCAUCAAUUAUUGAAGAGGCUGUGCUGGAGCUGGGCGUAAUCCGGGAAGGAUCAGUGCCAGUAAUGCAUGUUGAAGGCCUCGGGACGGAAGGAAUCCAGGUGGUGUGCAGAUCAGAGGGAUGGUAUCCAGAGCCCCAAAUUCAGUGGAGAGAUUCCACCGGAGAGAUUUUGUCAACCGUGUCUGAACCAGUAAUGUCCCAGGAUGUUGACGGCCUUUAUCAAGUGACUGUGGCUUUGCCUCUCAGAAAAAGCACCAAUAAGACCAUGUCCUGUUGCAUCCAGAACCCACUCCUGGGGGCCAAGAAGGAGUCGAAUAUCUACAUAAAAGGUACAAGAUUCUCUGUCUUAAAUCAGUCGGCCACAUCUGGUAAGCAUCCUCUGUACGGUGAAUUUUCGGGUGUUUCAGGGAAUGUUGGGAGGUCCCAAUAUUGUCACCCCCUCCUCCUCAAAUGACCUUCAGUGUCAGGCAUCCCAGAACCAACCAGUCCUCCUAGGGGGGCUCUCUGGCUAGAGCCAGGACUGGCUCAGACUCUAGGUUCAGGUAUUCAGCCAACCCAGGAUUUACCUGAGAGACCCUGUGGGAUUUGGAAGAGUCUAGAUCCUGUUAAUGCAAGCUUGUAACUGGCUGACACCAAUUCUUCCCUCAUUCA